GGGGCUUUAGUUCACCUCUACCGAGCGAUUGGCUUUGGUACGUCAUGUGAGUAGUUGUUAAGAUGGCGUCUCCGAAUGGAGGUGAGGAGUUUGAAUCUUCCUUGCUGAGCUAUGAAAAGCUUGAUCGAGCUUCACCUGACCUCUGGCCAGAACAAUUGCCAGGGGUUUCAGAAUUUGCUGCUUCUUUCAAAAAUCCAAUCACAAACUCUCCACCCAAGUGGAUGGCAGAAUUGGAGUCAGAAGAUAUUGAAAUGUUGAGAGAACUAGGAAGCUUGACCACAGCUAAUCUGAUGGAAAAGGUUAAAGGGCUCCAGAACUUGGCAUAUCAGCUGGGCUUGGAGGAGUCCAGAGAAAUGACAAGAGGGAAAUUUCUUAACAUCUUGGAGAGGCCCAAAAAAUGAAGACCAGUAAAAUGCUGGUUGCAUAUUUGAGUUCGACCGGAACAUUCUGGAGGAGGACAAUGGCGGCAUGAGAUGUAAUUUUGAAGGCUGAACAUAUAUAGUGGCUUUAACAUUACAGAGUGAAUAGAUGCAAGGUCGUGUAUAUAGGAUGUGUAAAACGUUUUAAUUAUUGUGUUGUACGUGAUUCUGUUUAAAGCUUUUAAUUUUCAUUUCUUAUUUAUUUACUGAUUCACUUAACCUAGCAUUUUUUCUCAAGUUUUUAAAAUGUAGAUUUAGUGUGAAAAGAAUGGUUUGGUUUAUGAUUUAAAAAAAACUAUUAUUUUAUUUGGUUUUUAUGAAGUUGGCUCAUGAUCAGAUAAACUGUAGCAAGUUAGAAGAGUUCUCUCUGAGUGUUCAGUCACCUCUCCUAAAGUUACUCGCACAAAACAGGAGCAGGCGAUGCGGCACCGUCAAAACAUUUUAAUUAGGGCAAUAACUUCAUGCCUGUGCCACUCCAUGGAUUUGCCCUAUUAGCAUCCCUUUUUAAACCUGUGCAUGUAAGAGGCAUUGACAUGGUUGUGCUUCCACACCAGUGCAAGACCAUUUUUCCAGUUUAAUGGGAAUUGGAAGUUUUGUGGCCCCAACACAAAACAUUGUGUAAAAAUAAUAUUGCUCAUUGUCAUUCCCAUUAAUGAGAGUUGACAUAAUUACUAGGACCAUUUCUUCUCUAAUUAGCACACUGAAGCGAGUGGUCUUGGGGAAAAGGAAAUCGGACAAGCAUGCUGAAUGGGAAACAAAGAAAACUCUGGCCAGUGUAAUUGGGUGAGACAAUGGCCGGGACUGUUUUUGGCUGGUUGGGGUGCAUUCGCUCCUGCUUCCACCAACUUGGAACCUGUACAACACCCUAUAUAUAUAUAUAUAUAUACACAGUGAGAGAGAGAGAGAAUAGAGAGAGAAUGAGAUAUAUAGGGAAGGAGUUUUACACCUUCCAAGUUGGUGGAUUUGGUUGGUUUUUUAAACUGUAAUUUUCAUGCAGAAUGUGUGUCCCUUGUCUAGGUGUGUGUGUGAAUGUGUGGUUUGGGUUUUGUUUUUUCUGUCUUUAUGCUUCUUUGUUUUUGUUGUAACCUAUGACAAUUUGAAAGUUUGUUCAUCAUAAAUUCGUGACAGCAGAUAUGUUGGA